AUGAGCAAAUAUCGACAAGACAACAAGUGCAAAAAUCAAUAUAACAAAUGCAAACGAAACAUAAUGUGCAAAAGGGUCGUUCAUUGUACUCCAACCGUUUUCUUAAUAUGUCCCAAUGCUCAAACCGUAACAACGAACGAAAGGGCGAGUACCACGACCACUACUUCACCACCACAUCCAUUGUCACCAAAACUUUCCAUAAAUUUUUCAAAGAACUUUGGUCUUGAAAGAAUUAAAAUUUUAUUUGCAAUAUCAUUUUUAGAAAAAGUACCUUGA